CCGUUACUCUGGGUUGGCUCAGGCUGAACUUACUCCCGGACGCGUUUUUGGAGUCAGCAUAGAGUUCGGGGUAUAUGUGACGGUUAGUUAUCCUUGCUUUCUGGAAUACCCUCUGAAUUUGCCUUGUAUUUAUCAGAAGUCACGUGAGCGACGACCCUAAAGUAAAAGUGAAAGUACAGACUUAUUCGAAUCAGUGCGCUUUUAAUUCAUUCAUUUGUAAUCAGAGUAUCUCUGUGUGGAAAUAUGUCUCGUCAGGGCUCUGCAAGCUGACAGUUACUUAUGAGCGUUUUGUCAUAGUUUUGUGACUUUGGGAGAAAGUUACUUUUGCAAACAUGGAACAUUUUCUGAUUCUUGAGGGUUUGCCGGAUGAUUUUGACCGUGUGAAAUCAAAGGUUGAGCUUUAUUUUAAAAAUAAAAGACGAUCAGGAGGAGAGAUCGUGCAGAUUCAAGAACAUCAAGAGGACAAACGAAAAGCACUUCUUAUUUAUAUGAACGAAGAAGAUCUGAAGAAGGUGCUUGACGAAAGAAUCCAUAAAGUUGAUUUCAAACAUCAUGGAGCAGUUGAAUUGACAGUGAAACUACCAGAAGACAAAAAGAUCAGACCAUCAGUUCUGCCAAUGUCCAAGCUGGAGAAGAGCACUCUCCUCAAGACACAGGCCACUCCUGCAAGCCAGGUCUCUGCAUUAAAACUGCCUGCAACAGAAAUUAAAGAAAAUGAGGAGGAUUCAGAAAUACCAGAUCUUCUAAUUACCACCCCUAAUUCAGUUGAUAAGGACACACUUCAGAUGUAUUUUGAGCAGUUUACAGAGCAAUUUGAGCUAGCAAAGCAUGGAAAUAACAGCUGGAUUCUGAAGCUCUACAGCCAGUCAGAUUUCAAGAAGAUUCUUGGCAAGGAAGAACAUGAUUUUGGGGUAUCUUUACAAGUGUAUAAAGAUGGAAGUCUGGGAGAGAAGUCAGACCCCCGUCGCUUCAUCUUGACUGGGUUUGAUGGAGACACAGACUGCAAGAUGAUCUCAUUGUUCAUUGGCAGCUGUAGCAAGACGACAGAACACAAUUGGGAGACACUUGAUGAAGAGAGGAUUGUUGUCACCUUCAAACAAGAUAUUGAUGUGAAGUCAUUUAUAAAAAAAUGCACUUCAAAGCAACUGCUGGGUCAAGACAUCGGAGUGACGUGUUUGGUGCGUACGGAUUCGAUCCUGGUCCAGGGAGAUUUAGAAAAGAUUAGUGAAGAUAUUCUCACCCUUUACUUCAGCAAUAAGAGGAGCAGAGGAGGAGAUAUUGAGAACUUCAUAUGGAUCAACAGAGGAACAAGCGCGGUCAUCACCUUUGGAAAAUGUGAUGAUGCACAUGCAGUGGUGGAACAAAAACACAACGUUUGCGGCAUAGAUGUUCACACUUCGCUGUUUUACUCAAGUUUGCAAAAGGCUUUAACUGGAGAAAAACCAACCCUGACUGAUACCAUCACUAAAGUCAACAUUUCUGUCAGUGAAGAUCUACUUAGUUUCUUUGAAACCAAUGAGGGUUGUAGAAAACAACUGGAGAGUGAUGCCAAACUUUUUCAUGCCAAAGUUCUUAUUGACAGCACUGCAGCAGCAAGGGAAAUAAUACUGGAGAUGGACCUCAACAAAGAGUCUCUGGCUGCACUGCUAAUCGCACCCACUUGGGAGUCCAAAACAAUGAGGGAAGUUCAAUCCUUUUUGAGCAGAUAUGCCACAGAAGAGCUGCCAGUGGACGAGGACGUCUGGAAGAGAGUUGAAAAUGACUGUGACAGUCUCCUCACGGUUGAUACAGCGCUCUUCUACAAGGAGUGCAACUCUAAAGUUGUAAUUGCUGGAGUGAAAGAGCAGGUCAGGAUCCUUUCGGGCAAGAUCAGGACACUCCUGAAGAAUGCUACUGUUGAGGUGGAAGUGGAAAGAAACACAAUCGAGGCAACAAUCCAACUAGACUGCAAAGAGACAUUUGAUCUAAUAAAAGAGCAUCUAAAGUCCAAGUUAGGGGAGGUGAGUUUAUCCCAUGAUGAGAAUAAGCACAUAUUAUCUCUCAGAGGUCUGAAGGACAAAGUCAAUUCAGUGGAGAUGUUCAUCAAAUUCGCACAGAAGAACAUAAUCACACACCAGCUGAAGCUAUCUUCUAAUCUGAUUCACUUUCUAAAGUCACUGGAUCUUCAGAAAUUUGAGCAAGACAACCAGAUUCCCGCUAGACUUCUAAACCGAAAAGAUUUUUUUGGGAUCUUGGUUGAGAAAGAAAACCUGAAGAGAGCUGAAGACAAAAUCGGUGAGAUUCUCAAAGAGGAGGUUAUACAACUUUCUCCCAGUCAAACCGGUGAAGCCUGGACACACUUUCUCAUGAAUCUUCAAGAUGAAAUAGAGUCAUUUCAGAAAGCCAAUGACAUCAGGAUCACACAAUCAAACACGCAGGUUACUAUAUGUGGGUUUUCUAAUGCAGUUGCAGAUGUUUCAGGGAAAGUGAGGCUAUAUCUGGAGAACAAGGAACCAACGACUGAGAAUGUCCCUCUCAAAUCUGUGCGAGAGGUCGAAUUUGUCGACUCCUGCCUGAAUCUGUCCGAACUCCCUGAACUCAAGCGGCUUGGCGCAACGGUACUUGCUUACAAAGCAUCAAAUUCUCCUUGUCUAAAGGUCACGGCAGCUAAAGACAACAUCAAAGAUGCCGUGGGUGUUGUACAGAAGCAGCUGUCAUCAAUUGUUGUGGAGAAGCAUAAGUAUUGCAAAGCAGGAGAAGCGAAGGUUCUGGAGAAGCACGAAGCCAAUGUGAAGACAAAAGCCAGAGAGAAGCAGUGCAGCCUGUAUUUAUCACAAGAGCAAAUGGUUAUGUCCGGUCCUCCGAAGAGCUUCACACACAAAAUAGGCAAUUUGAUGACUCUGAGCAUCAUAGAGGGAGAACUGCACCAUUUUACAGCCGACGCUUUGACCUGUCCGAUGAAUGCCAAUCUUGAUUUCAAUAACCCCGUGGCUCAGCGCUUUCUCCAGUUUGGAGGUGACAAGAUUACAGAAGUGUGUAAAACUCCCCAGAAAGAAAAGCAGUCUCUUCUGCCUGGAGAUGUGCUGCUCAGCGAUGCUGGAAAACUCAGUGCCGGGACGCUCAUUUAUGCCGUGCUGCAGCAGAAAGGUCAGACGAUGGACUUGCACUACCUUCAAAUGGCCGUGCAUAACAGUCUCCUAAGAGCUGAGGGAAAAGGAUGCGUCUCCAUUGCAUUUCCAGCAAUCGGAUGUGAAAUGUCUGGAUUCUCCGUUAAAGAAAGUUGCAUGGCGCUUCAAGCAGCUGUACUGCAGUUCUGCACCAACCAUCAGAAUUCACCUACAAAUAUUAGCAAUAUCAGUGUAGUGGAUUCAGAUGAGAAGAUCAUUGAGGAGUACAAUGCUCUGAUCCAGGAACUAGGAUUUUCUGACAUGUCAACAAAAUCUUGGCAGCUUAAACAAGGAUCAGACAAAAGAGUGCUGAUCAAUGGUGUGCCGAUAUGCCUCAAGAAGGGUGACAUCAUCACAGAAACGGUGGACGUCAUUGUGAAUUCAACCAACACAAGUUUAGAUCUUAACACCGGCGUUUCUGGUGCCAUCUUAAAAGCUGCCGGACAAUCUGUUGUUGACGAAUGCAAAAAGCAAGCUCCUCUGAAAGCAGGUGCAGCAGUGAUGACGGGCGCUGGAGCGCUUCAGUGUAAGAAUAUCGCUCAGAUGGUCGGGCCGGGGAACGUUGCAGACAUCACAGCCUCUCUGGGGAAGGUUUUGAACCUCUGUGAGGGCAAAAUGGCCACAACUCUGGCCAUUCCUGCCAUUGGAACAGGAGGAGGUGGCUUUGAACCAAAAGAAUCCAUCAAAGCCAUUCUCACAGCAAUUGAGAAACAUUUGAUGGACCCAAACUUAUCCUGCAUCAGGAGAAUCAAUAUAGUGGCAUUCGAACAGAAGACCUUUGAUGCCUUUCGUGAAUACUUUAGAGUGUGGAACAAGCCUGCAUGUGGCAAGAUGUCAGAAAAUCAAGUCAAAAUCGGAAGCGUCAGAAUUGAGGUAAAGAAAGGUGACAUCACUAAUGAAACUGUCCGAGGAAUUGUGAACACCACCAACAGAGACAUGAGCCUGAGAGGAGGUGUAUCGGGUGCCAUAUUUAAAACAGCGGGAGCGUCUGUGAAGCAGGAGUGUAAAAAACAUGGUCCGCUGCAGAAUGACGUCGCAGCCGUGACCAGCGGUGGGAACCUGCACUGUGACGUCAUCAUUCACAUGGUCGGCCCGCACUCGGCCGCAGAGGUCAGAUCACGUGUGAAGAAUGUUCUGGAGCGCUGCGAGGAGAAGCAGAUCACCACGGUCUCCUUCCCUGCCGUCGGCACUGGUGGAGGAGGAGUUCAGGCUGUGGAUGCCAUCGCUGCCAUGCUGCAGGCCUUUGAAGAUCAUCUGACUCCAAACGUCUCAACUGUGAUCAAGCUCAUCUACAUUGUGAUUAACCAGGACGAGGUCCUACAAGAGUUUCAGAAAGGUCUCAAGACAUGGACUGCAAAUAUACAGGUGGAUGAUGAUGAAGAUGAUGAAAAUGAUGAUGAUGAAGAUGAUGAAAAUGAUGAUGAAAAUGAUGAUGAAGCAAUGGAGGUGAUAUUGAGCCCAAUUAGAGUCAAGGUGUGCAGUGGAGACAUCACCAAAGAGACCGUUGAGGCCAUUGUUAACAGCACCAACACAAGCCUCGAUCUGAACUCAGGUGUAUCAGGAGCCAUUCUCAAAGCGUCAGGACCAACAGUGGUGAACGAGUGCAAAACAAAAGUGCCUCAGCCUGCCGACGGCGUGAUCUUGACCAAAGCUGGAAAUCUCUCAAAUAUCAAACACAUCGUUCAUAUGGUUGGGCAGACCGAUGAGAAAAGCAUCAGCAGCUCCAUGUAUAAAGUCCUGAGGUUGUGUGAAGAAAAUCACAUUCAGUCGGUUUCAUUCCCAGCUCUUGGAACGGGAGCUGGAAACUUGCCAGCAGCAGGAGUCGCCAAUGCAAUGACUGAAGCUCUGAUGAAAUUCGUAAAGGACUCGCCGAAACAUCUGAAGAGCGUCCACAUUGUGAUCUUCCAAGCGAAACUGCUGCCUGACUUUCAGAAAGCUGUCAAGAAGAUUUCUAGGAAUGCUUCUGUAUGUCAGCAGGUGAGCCGGACUCAACUACCUACCUCAACUACUCAACUUUUUUGUCUAGCCAAAGAAACGGCUGCUGUGUCGUUCCCCGUUAUGUCCGUUGACGUUUACGGGUCGUCCAAAACAAACCUGGCCGAGGUCAAGAGACACCUGGAUGAACUGAUCUCUGAUGAGUGCAUCAGUAAAGACGUAGAGUCGAGACACAUUGCCGACCUUCCUGAAACUGACAAGAAGGCCAUCGUGAGCCUCAGCCGAACCAAUCAGGUCAGCGUUCUGGUGACCAGUCUGGAUAAGUUAACAGUAUCAGGGAAAAAAGACGAUGUCUUGGAUGCCAUGCUGAAGAUAAACGGCUUCAUCCAAGCAGCGCGAGACCGAGAGAUGCGAGCAGGUGAGGUGAAGCGUAUGCGGGAGACGCUGUGUUGGGAGCGGGCCGGAGGAGAGCUCUGGGAGCCGCUGGAUCCCGCCGUCAGCUACGACAUUGAGCUCGCCUUCCACGACAAGCAGAAGAGCUUUCAGUUCCAGGAGAACGGCGAGAGCUACACGGUGGACUUCAGCGAGAUGAAGCUCACAAACAGCAAGCAGGAGUCCUGCAGGAUCAAGAGGACUCUGAUGGGAGAUUCGGAUACGGCAAUCAUUCAUCCUCCUCCAACAUGGACCAAAAUGGAUGGACAGGAUUUAGAAAUAAUCACCUUACAAUCAGAUUCAGAGGAGUACAAGAAGAUAGAAACAGACUUUCUAAACUCCAGUGAACACCCUGAUGUGAAACCCGUACAGGUUGAACAGAUUGACAGGAUUCAGAGUCAGUCCCUGUGGCAGAGAUACUGUGUGCUGAAACAGGGCGUGGAUAAGAAAUAUCCCAAACAGACAAACGAGCACAAGCUUUAUCACGGAACAACCAAAGACAUAUGCCAAAAAAUCAACAAGAACGGCUUCAACCGAAGCUUCUGUGGGAGAAACGCGGUCGUUCACGGAGACGGCACAUACUUCGCUAAGGAGUCCUGGUACUCUUGCCAGGAUCAGUAUUCCAACCCAGACGACAAAGGGCUGAAGUACAUCUACCUAGCGCGAGUGGUGACGGGGUCCAUGUGUAAGAGCAGACGAGGAAUGAAGGAGCCGGAUCCCAUCAACCCUGCUGACCCGCGGGCCGGUCUGCACGACUGCGCUGUGGACAACCUACAAGACCCGUUCAUCUUUGUGGUGUUCUGUGACGCAGGAGCGUAUCCAGAGUACCUCAUCACCUUCAAAUCUAUAUAGUCUAAUGAAUACACUCAGAUCUCUAUCUGACAAAGACAUGAUCAAGUUUACAAACUCUGUUGACAGACUGACAGAGGUGUGGACUCGAGUCAUGUGACUUGGACUCGAGUCAGACUCGAGUCAUGAAUUUGAUGACUUCAGACUCGACUCGACUCGACAAAAUGUACAAAGACUUGCAACUCGACUUGGACUUUAACAUCAAUGACUCGUGACUUCACUUGGACUUGCACCUUUUGACUCGAGAAGACUUGCUACUUCCCAUGAAAACCUGUGGAAAAAAAUGUUCACACGGCCGCGCCGCUCUCAGUGUAUCUGCAUCUGUGAAAAAAAUGUGCACCACCUGUAUGCAUGCAGAGAGCACGUGCGCUGCCUGCACCACAUCCAAUCACUGUAGUCCCACGUUGGUUUGAUUCGACAGCAUCUAAGCAGGCACAUUGAGCAGACCCCGGAAAUGUCCCCGUUUUAUAGCUCGUUCAAAAUAAUCCGCAAAUACAUUGCAAAAAAGCCCGACCAACACACAGCAGCCUGUUGGUUAUCGGAGCAAUCGUGUAGUAAUUAUAUUCACCAACAGAGGGGGCCGUGCAGCUACACUGUCACUGCUACACUUGGUCGCGCGUGCGCGCCGCUACUUCAUGAAGAACGUAACCUGGACCAGAGCAGAGCGCCAUUAUCAUCAAUUAUCAAAAGAAACAUCGUUAUUGGUUUCAACUUUUAAGGUAGUAACAUACUAACUAUUCAUGUUAAAUUAAAGUAAUACGGUUUUGUGUUUUAUAAAAGGGCUUCAACAGGGUGCUGGAUUGUUUUGGACAAUUUAAACAUCCUCAGUCACAAAGCAGCAAUUUUCACACACGUCUUAACUGUAUCACGAGGUGAAGGUACACUCAGAUAUGAAUAAAUAAAACAAUUAUAAUAAAAUAAUAAUACACUUGCAACUUACUUAGUGUUUAAAAUGAGUCUAAAAUGCAAAAUAAUAGUUAAACGUUUAAAAAGUUGUAAUUUCUGUACAGCUCAUGAAAAUGAAAAUAUUACAUUCAAUAAUAAAUGUUAAAAAUAUUUGUUAAAUGCCAUUUUAUUUAUCUUAUCUCAUAUUUAUGUUGUUUUAAUUUUGUAAUGUGAUUUUUCAAAAUAGUGUAAUACUUUUUUUUAGUUAGGCCUGGUUAGUAGUGUAACAGUUUUUUGGUGAAUUGUAUUAAAACCAGACCAAAAAUCCUAAUAAUAAAAUUAAUUCAUAAUUAUUAUUAAUGUAAUGAUAUAGGGAACCCAUAUUUACCUUUCAAGUUAUCUGUACUUAACUAUUUAAGUUAAUUCAGUAAAAAGGCCACAUUACCCCAUUACUCAAUUGAACUGAGGGAAUCACUUUCCUCAAAUCAUUUGAGUAGUCUCAACUUAUUAGGGUUUACAGUGAACAAUUAAAAAACAAAAACCUUCCAAAAUGUAUUGUCCCCGUUUUUUAUUAAUAGUUAUUAACAAAUGAGAUUUUGGUGAUAUUUUGACCACUCAAAUAGAAAAUGUCCCCAGUUUCCAUUUCAGAAAUCUGGUCACCUUAUUUUAUUGAUGACAUGUUUAAGUUAGCCCUAAGUUUAGGCUAAAAGGACCCAUGUCUAUUUGAAAGUUAAACUGUUUUGCAAUAUGAGGUCAAUACAAUACAGGACUGAAGCUGCUAUGCAUUGUUCUAGUGCAAUAUGCUGUUGAAAUACAAGCAUUUUUUGUGAAAAUUUAAAUUUUCUGUUUUUUUACUGUAUUUGAUUAAUGUCAUUGUAUGAAAAGAGGUUUAAAUAAAUACAAAUCUUACAGACAUACAUGAUUUGUAUAAAUUUUAUUUCUGUGGUAAGAGGACUUGAAAUGACUCGAAACUAAAAUGGUAGGACUUUGGACUCGACUUGAGACUUGUUGGCUUUGACUUUUGACUCGACUCGGGACUUGCCUCAUCUUUGACUCGACUUGACUCGGGACUCGAGGGCAAAGACUUGAGACUUACUUGUGACUUGCAUAACAAUGACUUUGUCCCACCUCUGCAGACUGAUAUCAUGGGAGAUGAGACAGCAUUUAUUAACCUUUGUUAAUGUUCAUGUUAGUUCAAAGUGCAUUAACUGAUGUCAACAAAUACAACUUUUGAUCUUAAUCUUAACAUUUACAAAUACAUUUUUAAGAUUAAUAAAUCCAGUAGAAGUAUUGUUCAUUGUUAGUUCAAGCUUAUUAAAUAUUAACAGAUAACUUUUGAUCUUAAAAUGUAUUAGUAAAUGUUGAGAUUAACAUUAAAUGUUUUAGAAAUAUUUUUCAUUGUUAGUUUCCUGUUAACAAUUUUGUAAAGUGUUAGUGUUAUGGUGAAUAUAUUCAUCAUAAUUGCCCCUCAGAUGAACACUGAACUCUGUGAUCUGUUCACACAGACAUUUUUAAGACUAUUUAUUAUGAUUAUCCCUUUGUCACAUUAUUUUAAUAAUGAAUCAUUCUAAGGUAACACAUUAAAGACCACCUGUAGUCAAUAAUAUUAUCCCUUAAAACUCAUAUUUGAUCACCAAAAUUAAAUUUUCCUUGAAAAAAAUUCUUCAUUCCUAAAAUAUCUUGACUGUAACUCAACACCCUUGCCUCAUUUAGUAUACAAGGUUCUAUGAAUAUGCAAAUUAGCCCCGCCUCCACUCACUCACACCAGCUCAAAGAUCCACUCGUUGAUGAUCACACACUGACGUGAUUGGUUACAAGGUAGUUUGUGACGUAAGAAACACCAGCAAUUUCAAGCUGCGUUUUUGAUACUGUCUUUAGAUCACUGCAGUUUUAAGAAGAAAAUACUCAGCAAUGGUGUCGACUUAUGAAUUUGCACAUGGUUUGUCUUAAAGCACAUUAAAAACUUGAUUUUCACCGCAGGGGGACUUUAAAUCAACAGUUUCAAUCUGCAGUGUUUUAAUCAUUCUGAAUGUAUGAAGGAUUGAUUUAGUCUGUUUCUGAAACUUUUGAACAAAAAUAAACAUUUUUGUGAUU